AGCUCGCGGCUUGGGAGCAGAGGCUGGUACCGCUGGGGGGAGGUCGGAGCAGAGAGCGAGAUGGUGGCCAAUAGCACGGAGCCCGUGGCUUCGCGUGCCGUUGCCGCCGCCGCGGAGGCCUGCUACCCCGAGGUCAAACCAGGGCUCACAACCCUAAAUUCCUAUUCUUUCGGAGAUGACCCAAGCUUGUGGAAAGAAACUGUUCACAGUGAGGACAUGGUCCAAACAGGGCACUGUUUCAAUCAUUACAAAUCACAGGUGAACUGUAAGAAACAAGGAAUGGAUACCCCGUUAUUCAGUCCUUUGAUGGGGGAGAUUACUAAUACACCACCUCUGGAAUCUCCUGGUUUAUAUAGUAACUGGUCAGUUUAUGGAGAUGACACCAGCCCACCCACCGCCUUUCAAGACUAUGCCAAUAAAAGGGCACAAAUCAAUUUAUCUUACUCCGGAAAUGGCCCUGACACAUUUGGAUUGGUUUCAAGCAUUUUGGAGGAGCCAAAUAACCCAGAGCCAAGUAACCCAGACUGGAAUUCUUUGUCCAGACUCCUUCCUCCCACGUGGACACCUGACUUUGGUAACGAUGGUGAUUAUUCAGGAUACCCUCUCAAGAAUUCUCUUGAAGAUUUUUCAAACUUCAUCGAAACACAGAAUUUCAAUCAAGGACACUUUCAGACAUCACCUGAUAUAGAAAACUUGCAAAGUGCAUUUGAUGAUCUUAAAUUGGUAGAGUCUUGGCUUUUGCCUUCAGACCAUUCUAAUCAGCUACCUGAUAAUAUUUUUAAAAGUGCUUACCCGGAUAAUUCAACUUUUAAAACCAAUACUAUUAUUCAACCAAAAGGAUUCCCUUUGCACAAUGAAGAAUUCAUUCAAAGUGAGACUAAUUAUGAGAAAAUGAAAUUAAAUAAUGAUUAUGCAAAGAACUGUUCUGAUCUUAACUCUUAUUUUCAAAGUAGAUAUAAAGAUAGUACCAGUAUUCAAAAGGAAUCCUGGAAAUCUGAUAGAGUAAAUGAGAAUGUAAUGAAAAUUAAUAUCCAGGAACAAAUGAAGUGCUCUAAUGAUUUGGGCAGUCUGGCUGCUGAUCCAUAUAUAUUUCAUGAAAGCCAUUUGCUUCCUAAAAUAAAUGAAGGUAUGAUACCUUCUCAGCAAAUACCAUUGUCUAUUCCACCUCCCCUAUGCUUUGUCAACCAACCAUUUCCUGAAGAAAAUUUGUCAGCAGUAGUUGACAGGAAAUCCCAGGAAACCAGCUUGCCAUAUGAUCCCAGUAACUUCAGCUUUAUGGGCAACUUUGAAGAUAAUGGAUGCCAAUUUCCCAUAAAUUCCAAAGAAGUUCCCUUGAAGCCCUUUGACUAUGAUUUGCCUAUAAAUACUGCUUUACAGAAUGGAAACUAUCAGUCAUUCUUCAGGGAGCAUCUUUGGGUGGAUGGUAACAUGUUAAGUCCAGUUCCUGUGGGAAAUUCUGCAUUUGUGAAGCCAAUAACAUCAAACUGUCAACCCUCUUCUGGAGUUUCGGUUUUGUCUGGUGGCUCUCCCAUGCACCAGUCUUUGAUUUCUCCUUCACAUCACCCGCAGACACCACCAAUACCCUUUUUCAGGAAGGAAGGGAGGUUACAAAUACCAAAUGGUGUUCAUAAUGGUCUGAAGUUUCCAAAUUCUGACACUGAAAAUCAGAAACCAAAUAUACGAAGGGGAUGUUUCCCGCAUGAGCCAUCGGCUUCCAAGGAUCAUCAUUAUCACAAAAUUCCUGCCCAUUUGUCACCCAGCUUCUUGUUGCAGCAAAAUGCUGCUAGUGAACACUCUGAUAGAUAUAGAGUCCACAGAAAACAGAAUGUAGAUGACAGAAGAGGGAGGAGGAACUUGAUUCCCCAGCCUAGUUACGUAGGUCAGAACCAUCAGCAGUUUAAUAUUUUCCGAAAGAAACAAGAAAAGAAUAGUGUUAACAUGUCGGAUUUCAUCAAUCCUUCCUUCCUUCCUGCUCUCCCUUUAGUGUCAGAGCUUAAACAAAAUCCUAAUUUUACCCAAUUUAACCCUUCCCCCUUUAUGCCAACCGCUAACUUUACUUUCCCACCGUCAACAUUUCCCUUUUCAGAGCUUGUUGACAUUUUCCGCUAUGGUGGCCUUAACAGUUUGAAUCCCUUCGUUAGAGAUUUGUUUUGUAGGGAGGUAACACCACCAUACUUUGCCUUUCCACCACCUUUUAACAAAUACCGGCCACCAAGAAAUCGGAGUGGACCCGCUAAUGAACUUCAUACCCAACUGGAGGAGUGCUAUGAGCAGUGGAGGGCUCUGGAAAAGGAACGGAAAAAGACUGAGGCAGAUCUUGCAAGAAACUUUCCAGGAAAAAGGGUCUCUAGUUCAAAUAACACUCCUGUUUCCCGACUUCCUGCCAAUCCUUCCCGGGUAGAUCGCUUAGUUGUGGAUCAGUUAAAGGAACAAGCCAGAGUUUUGACCUUACUAAGAAAGAUGGAAAAGUUUUGUGGUAGCCCUGUCCACGAAAAUAUAUCCAUCACUCUGGAACGUCACUUAGAAGCCAUUCAUGCUACUCAAGCCAAGCGUAAAGAUGAACUUACCAAUGCUGCUAAUCCCCCACAACAAGGAAUUCGUUAUAAUAAUGAAAAAGAUGUCCUGGCUCUGGCUUUAGUCAUCAAAGAGCUUGCCUCUGCAACUCGGAAGACACGAACUGCUUUAUGGUGUGCAUUGCAGAUGACUUUGCCCAAAACUUGCUUCAGCCUACCUGUGAAACAGGAAGAGAUUGAAAGGAUGUUACAAGAACUGUGUCCCCAAAAUGCUGCUACCCAGGAAAAAAUUUCGAAACAUGAAAAUCAUGAAAUAGAAAAGGGAAGCAGGGAGCACAAAGUAGAUUCUUGAGUCAUUGCUUAAACAUCCUGGGGGAAAAAA